CCAAGAUCACAACAUCUUCCCAGUGUAGGAUGGGUGAGGAGGAGCAGGACUGAGGUCACGGCCGUUAUACUCAGGAACACAAGAAAGUAGCAGAGACCUUCAUUUAAGGCUUAAAUUUAGUAUUUAGCCUAAAGUUAUUACUUAUUGGAGCUCCAAAUAUCACUUCUGUGUGACCGGUGUGAACCAGUGUGUGAAACAUGUCUUUCCGAACAUCAGGAAAUAUUACAGUAGCAACAAUCGUCAUGUUACUGGCAGGAGCUCAGUCUCAGCAGAGUGUAACUCUCUCCUCUCAGAGCCUCUGUGCUCUUACUGGAUCUACAGUAAAAAUCCCCUGCAAAUAUACAUCUAGUUCCUCCAGUGUCAGAGCGAGAGAGUGGUAUCAGGUCCAGAGAUCUGAUGGAGAACCACAAGACCUGAGUAAAGACCCUCAAUACUUAGGACGAGUGUCUGUAAGCACUUGGUGGAAUGACUGUACACUGACAAUGAACAACAUGAAUGUAAGUGACUCUGGAGUUUAUAACUUCAGAUUUAGAAUAUGGAGUAGUGAAUGGAUAUCUGCUUCAUCUGGAAUUACUCUAACUGUUACAGAUCUGAAGGUUACGAGACCAAACACAUAUAGAUGGAGAACCACACUGAACUGCAGCUCCACCUGCACGCUGCCCAACAACCCCACCUACAUCUGGUACGGGAAUGGACAGCCUGUAUAUAACCAGGACACUAAUGAACUGCAUAUGUAUGACUAUAGUGGUGCAGGCAGCUACUCCUGUGCUGUAAGAGGAUAUGAGGAGCUCCGCUCUCCUGCUGUCUGUGUCGGUGUUUCUACAGAUAAUUGGAGAUGCUGGAGUGUGACUUACUAUAGCCAGAAAAUCUGCUCUCUGAUUGGCUCAUCUGUGGACCUGCACUGUUACUAUACCUACCCUAAUAACCAGAAGGUCACAAAAUCAUUUUGGUUCAUUACAGAGCAGCAGGUUGGUGUUGAACCUGUGGAUGUGAGAGAGGAAGAGGAGUAUGAGGGGAGAGUGCAGUAUAGACAGAGCUCCCAGAAUGACUGUAGUAUGACAAUCACUCACCUGAGAGAGAGUGACGCUCACACAUACAGGUUCAGAUUCCACACUGAUAGUACUGCGGGGAAAUACACUGGACAUCCUGGAGUAUCUCUCUCUGUCACAGAUCUGAAGAUUACAGUAUCAGACAGAAGUAGUCCAAAGGACCUGAUCUGCAGCUCCACCUGCACGCUGCCCAACAACCCCACCUACAUCUGGUACAGGAAUGGACAGCCUGUAUAUAACCAGAACACUAAUGGACUGUAUGUGUAUGGCAGUAGUGAGGAUGCAGGCAGCUACUCCUGUGCUGUAAGAGGAUAUGAGCUGGUUCAGCAGUACUACAUCAGUGUUUAUGGAAAGGACAGCUGCUGGAGUGUAACUUACGUCACCCAGAGCAUCUGUGCUCUGAUUGGUUCAUCAGUGGACAUACACGGUUACUACACCUUCCCGGAUCAGCAGCCCACCCCCCAACCUGCCUGGUAUGCCAGACUCCACCCACAGGUCAAAGAGCUGAGUCAUGCUGAUGACCGAGUGGAGGUUUUCAGUCACAGAGCUAAUGUGAACACACUAAGACUGAAACAUCUCACAGAGAGUGACUCAGCAGAAUAUCUCCUCCGAUUUAAAGCCCCCUACAUGAUACACACAGACAGCUCUGCUGGUGUGUCUCUCUCUGUCACAGGCCUGAAGGUGAAUGUGGACUCUCCAGCAGUCCCAGGAUCAGAGGGACAGACAGUAACACUGAGCUGCAGCUCCACCUGCACUCUGCCCUACAACCCCACCUACAUCUGGUACAAGAACGGACAGCGUGUGUCUCACUGCACAUUUGUCUCCUGCUCUGUAUCUGCAGUCAGGGAUGCAGUCAGUUAUAGCUGUGCUACUGAAGGCCAUGAGAACCUCCUCUCUCCUCCUGUGUAUGCCCCUAGAAACACCAGAGCAUUGAUGGUUUCCUCUGGAGAGAGAGUGGAGGGAGAUUCAGUGACUCUGACCUGCAGCAGUGAGGCAAACCCUCCUGUUCUCAUCUACUCCUGGUUUAAGCAGAGAGCAGCUGCAGACACACUGCUGCCAACAGGCCAGAAUUACAGCAUCUCCAACAUCAGCUCCCAGCACAGUGGACUCUACUACUGCACUGCUCACAACCAGCUGGGACAGCACAACUCCACCACCACCCUUCUGGAUGUGUUAUAUCCCCCUAGAAACACCAGAGCAUUGAUGGUUUCCUCUGGAGAGAGAGUGGAGGGAGAUUCAGUGACUCUGACCUGCAGCAGUGAGGCAAACCCUCCUGUUCUCACCUACUCCUGGUUUAAGCAGAGAGCAGCUGCAGACACACUGCUGCCAACAGGCCAGAAUUACAGCAUCUCCAGCAUCAGCUCCCAGCACAGUGGACUCUACUACUGCACCGCUCACAACCAGCUGGGACAGCACAACUCCACCACCACCCUGCUGGAUGUGUUAUACCCUCCCAGAGUCCCGUCUGUUACUGACCGUGUGUCUGGUGACUCGGUGACACUGCUGUGCUACAGUGACUCCAACCCCAUCAGUAAUUACUCCUGGUACAAGAAGACAGGAAGUGGUGUUAUAUUGUUGGGAAACAGCACCAAUUUAACUUUGGCUACAGGAGCAGUUGGACUUUUCUUUUGCACAGCUCAGAACCAAUUUGGAUCAAUGGACUCAUUAGAAUAUUCAGUUCCAACAGGGAACCCAGCUGGGACAUACGCAGCUUCUGGAGUCACUGUGGUUUUCUUUCUGACUCUCAUUGCUGUCUGUCUAUGGAUGAGGGGGCGAACCGCAGCUGUCAGCAGCAGGAGUGAGGAGACCAGCGCAAAACGUGAUUCUAUUCCUGUAUAUGAUAACGUCUCAGCCCUGGACAUGCCCUCUGACCCCACAAAUGACGGCAUUCACUACUCCAACAUUAAUUUCACACGCUGCCACACACAGGAAGUAUCUCUCUACUCUACUGUCCAACUAACAAUGGCUCUUAGUCAAGAAGAGGAAACUGAGUAUGCCAGAGUGAAUUUCUCUGCCUGCAAGGACGAAACCCACAUCUACAGCACAAUCUCAAGAACAUGAGAAGAAAAUCCUCCACCAACCAUCAAUCUCCAGUCCUGCGUGAAAAUGAGAAAAGUGCCAGCAGUCUUCCACCUCCUCCAAACACAUAUGAAAUUGGUACAAACUACAUUUAAAAUCUUGCUGGUGAUUUUGAUUUAUUUUAGGGAUCAGUCAGACAGGGUAUUAUUACCAACUGGACCAAGAUACACAUUAUAAAAUGUUUAUGACAUUAUUUUAUGUAUCAUUUAUUACAUUUAGCCACAGAUUGUUUACUACUGCAAGAAGGAUGGUUAGAAACUCUGCAUGUUAUAUACAUAUACAAACAUGUCAUAAACAUGUAUUUCAUGUCAUAGACAUGUAGAAUAAUAAUGAUACACCAGCCCACAGUAACAGGACAGACUUUAAUUCACUUCACUGCAUUCAAGAAUCUCGGUUCUCUUUGUAAUAUUACCACACAUGAAGAUGUUCUCUGCAGUGCAGUGACCAGUGUCCAGUGACCACUGUACAUACACAGUACUGCAUAAUUCACUGUCCAUGACAUUAUGAUGAUGUUUCCCUACCAUUGUUUCAUUCUCAUUGAUUAGUUUUUAGUACAAUGUGGUAUCUUGAGAGGUGACUGGCUAGAAUGAAUGUCCUUGAAGGUUUUAAUUUUAAUUAUUUAUUCAGACAAAUAUUUUUAACACAGCAUUCCCAGGUCACAGAGUAACAUUCCCAGGUCCCAGGUCACAGAGCAGGGGGUCUAAUAGCCUUCAUUCUUGAAUCCUGUACAACAUGUGACUGUUCCACUUAGAGUUGUUGGGUAGCUGAACACUGUACUUUAAAUUCAGAACGAGAGAUCUAAAUCGUCCUUUCACCCAGUCGGCCCUGGAAACAGAACUCAGCACAGAUGUAAUGGCACGAUCUACUCACUGGGUGGCAGCAGCGAUGUGAUAAGACCGUCAAAGCCGAUUGUGCAGAGCGUGCCCCAUAUGGAUAAGAUUUAACAUUUGCUUGUUUAUAUUACAGUACAUUUUCCAUGUCUACUCUGUAUUUGCACCGAAGCCAAAUAUGCCUGAAAUAUUUCUGUAACAUUUAUCACAAAAGGCUUCACACUUCUUGCACUCAGUAAAUGAUUUAAAAAUUGUAAAAAUGACUUUUGUGGAAUUCAUUCUUUAUUCUUGUUGGCUCCUUAUCUGGUUCGCCAGCAUGUUGCUUGCCCCAAAGCCAUGAUGAUGUUUCCUCCAGACAAUUAGUCGUCACUCCUAACAUCUGAGUUACUGUUAAGAACUUUAGCCAAAUAUUUAGCAAUUUUAGUCAGAAUGAGACUACCAGAGCCCAGACUA